AUGUAUGAAAAACACAUUCCUGUCCGGUCCUGUCCGGAGUCGAUCCAUUCCUGUUCCUGUCCUGUUCCGGUAACCAAUGCUAAAAUAUUUUCCGGUCCGGUCCUGUCCGGAACCGGCCAUGCUAAAAUUGAUUCCGGUCUGGUCCUGUUCCUGUACCGGAUCCGGAAAAUACAGGAUUCCGGAUUGUAUUUACAAAGACUAACUUGGCCCAUAUUUACCAAAGAUAAUGCACCAGAAACUAAUGACGAGAAGAAUAAUUACGGUCAGCACCCCUUCUAUACAGUACUCGAAAGUAAUGGUAAUUCUCACGGAAUUCUAUUACUUAACAGCAAUGCUAUGGAAUACACACUAAUGCCGGCGCCGGCGAUGUCUGUGAAGACAAUCGGAGGAAUAUUGGAUUUCUUUGUGUUUAUCGGCGAUAAUCCCGAACAUGUCAUACAGUUAUACACUUCACUCAUUGGUCGCACAUUUAUGCCAUCGUUUUGGGCGUUUGGCUUUCAGUUAUCGAAAUGGAAUUAUAAGGACUUGAAUGAAGUGAAGGCUACUGUCGAGCGACAGAUCAAACAUCAGAUCCCAUAUGUGAGACCAGAUUGUCAUUAA